AUGGACUCUUCUUCUUCAUUGGAUCAGAGCUCCUCAGAUUUAGUUAUAACUUCUCGUCCUUCCAAAACAGAAACAAAGCCAACUAGAACGCGAAAUACCCGUGGUGGUCAAAGAAGAACUCGAAAUCAGCCUUCCAAAAUCGAAGAACCAAAGACUGAACCACAAACAUUAGAAAGUCCUCGUAGUGCAUCUAAAAUUAAAGAAGUCAAUGGGAAAAAGAAGCAAUCUGUCGAUCUAGAAUUUUCUGAAGAUUCCGGAAAAGAUCAAAUCCGUGGGGAAGUUGAAUUUUCACAACCAGUUGUAGCUGAUCCUGGCCCAAACCCGCCAAAAGCUGAAGAAAAAAAGGAAGAACAAGAAAAUAUCAAUGUUGAUACCUCAAAAGAUGAUUACUCCAAUCAAUUAGUUACUGGAUCUUAUUUUAUUUCCAGAGAAAAACGAGUGUCGCAUCUUAAAUCUAAACAAAAAUACAUAAUUAAAUCAAAUACUUCUGAUUUGUUAAUUGCAAAAGAUAUUGGAUUCCUUACUCCAGAUGUAUACAUCAACGAAGGCUCAGAAAUUCAUGUAAAGGCCCAAAAUUUCAAAUACAAAAUGACAACAAAUUUCAAACAGGAUGAAUUUAAGAUUUUGAAGGGUACUGAAGAGAUAGGCAGCUUGAUGUACAACAAUGAAUACGGAGAUUCGUAUGGACCAAGAAAAAUUCAAGUCAAAUUCGGCGAGACCGAAAUCCAUUCCAAAAUACCAAGGCUUGCUAAGGAUGGUCACUGGGUGCUUCAAUUUGGAGGCCAUUUUACUCUUUCAUCUAUGAGAAAUGCAAUUUUACUCGACUCGGAAGGAAAAUCCAUAAUUACAAUCCGCAAAGUAGGCAAAAAUGUUCUUGAAUUGACAGUUACAAAGCCUGUUCCGCUUUAUAUAAUAGCUUGCCUAGGAAUUUCAAGCUAUAUUUACUCGAAUUGA